GUAUGAAAUCCACAAAUUUGAAUUGACCCCUUGAACUGAUCCAUUCAAAAUCCGUCUCCUCUGUUUCAUCUUUGAAAUAAAACCCACUCUCCAACUGUUGCUGCAUUUCCUCUUUCGUCCCGCCAUUCAUUCUAACUACCAUUUUCUUUCCUCUUCAGGAACUGAUUCUCUGCUUUUUUUCUUUGUACUUGGUGUAAACUGCUUUUUCCUACUUGCAUUAAGACUCAGACACGCGCAGAAAUGCACUCAGAGAUAUUUAUGUGUUGACAGUUCGUGUAUUACGAGCGGCUGCGUGAAAGAGUUUCGUUUGUCUGGACCAGACCGGAGAAGAUUUUGUUUCUUUUCGUUUUUGUUGAUGAUGGAGUUUUUUCUUGCCAAAUUGGCCUCUGCAAAUUUUGUGAAAAGAUUCAUUCUUGCAAGCGUAUAUGCAAUUUUGGUUUUGACAUCUGCUGCUCAGCUUCUGCCUGAAGAUGAAGUUCUAGUUCUUCAGACAAUAUCGUCAAAGCUACAGAACAAAUACUGGAAUGUUAAUCAAAGCUCUUGCAUUGGGGCUAAUGGAUUUAACUUGACCUUUUGGUCUGAUGAAAUAUACAGCGGUGUCAAUUGUGAUUGUUCCUUUAAUAGCAGCACUGUAUGCCACGUUACCAACAUCCAGUUGAAGGGUCUCAAUUUAACUGGAAGUUUGCCUGCGGAAUUUGCAAAUCUUAGUCAUCUGCAAGAGAUGUCACUUCUUGGAAACCGUCUAGGUGGUACAAUCCCAGAGGAGAUUGGUGACAUCACCACUCUUGAAGAGCUGGUUUUGGAAGAUAAUCUGCUUGAAGGAAAUCUUCCGGCAAACCUGGGAAGUUUGAGCAACUUAAGGAGGCUCCUUCUUUCUGCUAAUAAUUUCAAUGGAACGAUACCAGCAACAUUUGUCAAUCUAAGUAACUUGACAGACUUUAGGAUAGAUGGGAGCAAAAUGUCUGGAAGCAUUCCUGAUUUUGUUGGAAACUGGACCAAACUAACAAGACUAGACAUUCAAGGAACAUCAAUGGAGGGUCCCGUUCCUGCUACAAUAUCCCAGUUGAAGAACUUGACAGAUUUGAGGAUAUCAGAUCUGAAGGGACCAAACACGAGAUUUCCCAGUUUGCAAGACAUGACAAACAUGCGUGAAUUGAUAUUAAGGAAUUGCUCAAUCAUUGGUGCAAUUCCACCAUACUUAGGAGACGUGAGUAGGCUAAAAACUCUAGAUCUCAGUUUCAACAUGUUGAAUGGAGAAAUCCCCAGCAAUCUCCAAGGGCUGGUGAAUCUGGACUUCUUGUUUUUGUCCCAUAACUCUCUGACGGGGGAGGUGCCUGGUUGGAUCCUGGAUAGCAGACAGAAGAAUAUGGAUCUAUCAUACAACAACUUCACACAAUCCAGUGUAGAAGGUUGCCAGUUCUCAAAUAUAAAUUUAGUUGCGAGCCACUCGACUUUAGCAAGCAACUCAAUCCCUUGGUGUUUGAGACCAGACCUCGCCUGCCCCGCAAACCCCAACCAUCACUCAUUGUUCAUAAACUGUGGAGGAAGAAGGAUUAACUUUGAAGGAAAUGAAUAUGAAGAGAACUUAAGUGAUGAAGGUCCAUCACACUUUGAAUCCUAUAAUAAUAGAUGGGCAUAUAGCAGCACAGGGACAUACAUGGGAAAUGACAGAGGCCGAUUUAUCGCAGCAAAUUAUUCUUCAAUGAUAUCACCAGUUGCAGAAAUUUACCAAACAGCUCGCCUUUCCCCUUCUUCACUCAAGUAUUACGGACUCUGCUUGCGCAAAGGUAGCUAUAGAGUGCGCCUUCAUUUUGCUGAAAUAAUGUAUGAUGAUAACUCCACCUUUACCAGCCUCGGAAGGAGGAUAUUCGAUGUAGCAAUCCAAGGGCAGGUGGUUUUGUCAGACUUUGAUAUUGCUCAGGAAGCUAAGGGUGUUAGGACAGGCAUUUACAGGGACUUUAACGUUCUUGUAAAUGGUAGUACCCUGGAGAUCCACUUGUACUGGACUGGAAAGGGGACAACGGCAAUUCCCGACAGGGGUGUAUAUGGACCCUUGAUAUCUGCAAUUGCUGUGACGCCAAACUUUGAUGUCAGUACAGGACUAUCUGUUGGAGCUAUUAUUGGAAUCGUUGUUUCUUCAUUUGUGCUGGCUGUGUUAUUGAUUUUACUUGUUCUCUGGAGGGGAGGGUGUCUGGGAAAAGAAGUUGAAGAUAAAGAACUUCGAGCACUUGACCUACAAACAGGUUAUUUUACCCUAAGACAGAUUAAAGCUGCUACACAUAACUUUGACAAUGCUAAUAAGAUUGGCGAAGGAGGAUUUGGUCCCGUCUACAAGGGUGUUCUGUCCGACGGAACAGUAAUAGCAGUUAAGCAGCUCUCUGCUAAGUCAAAACAAGGAAACCGAGAAUUUGUCAAUGAGAUCGGCAUGAUAUCUGCCCUACAACACCCCAACCUUGUCAAGCUCUUCGGUUGCUGUAUAGAAGGAAACCAGUUGCUCCUAAUAUACGAGUACCUGGAGAACAAUUGUCUGGCUCGAGCACUUUUUGGCCGUGAGGAACAAAGAUUAAACCUUGAUUGGCAAACGAGAAAGAAGAUAUGUAUAGGAAUAGCAAGAGGUCUUGCAUAUCUCCACGAGGAAUCAAGGUUGAAAAUUGUCCAUAGAGACAUAAAGGCUACCAAUGUUCUUCUGGAUAAAGAUCUAAAUGCUAAGAUAUCUGACUUUGGUUUGGCUAAGCUUGAUGAAGAAGAGAACACCCAUAUUAGCACACGAAUCGCUGGAACUGUAGGUUAUAUGGCUCCUGAGUAUGCUAUGAGGGGCUAUUUGACAGACAAAGCAGAUGUCUACAGCUUCGGAAUUGUUGCACUAGAAAUCGUCAGUGGCAAAAGCAACACUAAUUACAGGCCAAAAGAGGAGUUUGUGUACCUUCUUGAUUGGGCUUAUGUCCUGCAAGAGCAAGGAAAUCUCUUAGAACUUGUGGAUCCAAGUCUUGGCUUGAACUACUCUAAAGAAGAGGCGAUGCGGAUGUUGAACUUGGCACUCUUGUGUGCAAACCCAUCCCCGACUCUCAGACCUACCAUGUCUUCAGUGGUGAGCAUGCUUGAAGGGAAAAUUCCAGUUCAAGCACUGGUUGUCAAGCGUGGUGCAUUGAAUGAAGACAUCAGGUUUAAAGCCUUUGAGAUACUCUCACAGGAUAGCCAAACACGUGUCUCGACAUUUGCUCAGGAUGGCCGGGAACAGAGACGCGUCUCGAUGGAUGGACCGUGGAUCGACUCCUCAGUCUCCCUUUCCAGUAAAGAUGAAAGCCAGGAUCAUUCUUCAGCGAAUAGGCUUCUUCCAGAUCUUCAUGAUGUGAAAUUAGAUUGAUUUAUUAGUUUGUUUAUGCGGAAAUUGAAUUUGCUGUUACUGUUAACGACAUCUUUCAACCAUAAAUGUGAAAGAAACUUUUUUGCUUGAAAAUAGAUUGGCUUGGUUCAGAAUAUAGGAAAACUUUUGGCGUGAUUUUUACUGUAAAUCUGUUUAUAGAAGGUCUGAGCUGUUUGAUCUCAACGCUGUUAGAUUUCAUAAGAAAUUAUGAGUGUAAUCACCAACUUUUGAGGAAAUGCAGACUUCAAAUGAUGCAGAA